CAGUUUAAACUACUUUGCUUCGACAGACCUCAUUCCCUCGCUCUCAGCACCAUAUAUUUGCGACGAGCCCAAAAUAUACCGACACAAUUCUGGAAGGGGCCAACACCUCGGCCGCACAAUGGCCUUCUGCAUAAAAAAUAUGAUGCCCAUAGUUACGUGCAGCAGCGUAGACAGUGGUCACAUGCUAAGAGCCGCAGAAAUUGCAGACAAAUCAGCAGGCUAUACAGCCCCACAUCCAAAUGCGGGGUGUGUGAUUGCGCGGGGUUCCAAGAUUGUUGCAGAAGGGUUUCUGUAUGGCCAGGGGACGAGGGCCGCGGAAAUAAAGGCGCUAGAGCAGGCCAGAGAGCUUGCCAAGGGGAGCACAGCUUAUGUGAACUUGGAGCCUGGUGAUUGCCACGGUGAUGAUACCUCUGUUAAUGCUCUCAUACAGGCAGGAGUUUCAAAAGUAGUUGUUGGGCUUCGACAUCCCUUGAAACAUUUUAGAGGAAAGGCAAUCAAAGCUCUAAGAGACGCAAGAAUAGAAGUGGAUGUGCUUGGAGAAGAUUUGCAAAACAAAAAUAUUCAGGAAGCUUUGAGAGCUUGCCAAUUGGUAAAUGCUCCAUUGCUCUACAGAGAGGCUUGUCGGAUGCCAUUUUCAGUUCUCAAAUAUGCUAUGACCCUGGAUGGAAAGAUUGCUGCUAGCACAGGUCAUGCAGCUUGGGUAAGCAGUAAAAUGUCUCGUAAAAGGGUGUUUGAAGCACGAAGUAGAAGUGAUGCCGUUAUUGUGGGAGGAAAUACUGUGCGUCGUGAUAAUCCACGUUUGACAACAAGACAGGAAGGGGGUCAUUUACCUGCUCGGAUAGUUAUGUCAAGAUCAUUGAAACUCCCCGAAGAAGCAAAUCUUUGGGAUGUAUCUGCGAAUCACACCAUUGUAGCGACACAACAUGGGGCCAACAGGAGCUUCCAGCAGAGACUUGCUCGUAAAGGUGUGGAAGUUGUGGAAUUCGAUAUGCUAACACCAAAAGCUGUCAUGGAGUAUUGCUAUGACCGUGGUUUUCUUUGUGUCCUGUGGGAGUGUGGGGGAGCUUUAUCUGCCCCUGCUAUUGAAUCUGCUGUUAUCCACAAGGUAAUUGCAUUCGUCGCCCCUAAAAUUAUAGGGGGAGUAACUGCACCAGGUCCAGUAGGUGAUCUUGGAAUGGUCGAGAUGUCACAAGCACUAAAUUUGUCAGAUGUCUCAUUUGAACAGAUAGGGCCUGACAUGCUAAUAAGUGGGUACCUACAUCCUAUUCCUGAUUUGCUGCCAAUUAUUCCAGCCAAGGAAGCAACUACCCCUGAGAUGAUGCUUUCAGCAUCAGAUGAACCAAAUAUAAUUUCCUUUUACAAGGCUUGGGAUGCAUAUGGAGCAUUCUCUAACUUUUCUGCACAUCCUAUUAGAAUCAUUGGUAAGAGUGGAGAUUAUUUUACAUGGAAAAGUGUUGAGCACUAUUAUCAGGCCCAGAAGUUUGAAGGUGUACAAGAUUUUAUGGCACAGGAGUGUAUUGAAAGAAUAAAAUCUGCAGAAAGUCCGGAGGAAGCUGCAAGAAUAGGGAGGAUUUUAGAGAGGCAACGGCCUGAGUUGGUACGUGAUAAGUGGGAAUCAGUCAAGAUCGAUGUUAUGUAUAGGGCUUUGAAAUGCAAGUUUUCUAUGUAUCCCCAUUUAUCUUCUCUGUUAGUUUCAACUGCUGGAUCUAUUCUAGUGGAAGCUUCUCCGCAUGAUCUCUUUUGGGGUGGUGGUCAAGAAGGAGAAGGCCUGAACCACCUCGGAAGGUUGCUUAUGAGGAUAAGAGCCGAGUUGCUUGAAGAUGAUUCCGGGAGUAGUAGAAUAAACUUAUCAACUUGGUCCUCUACAGUCUAAAAUAAAAAAUACCAAAAGCAGCAAUAAGAUCUUCCCACUUAUUUAUGUAUAUUGUCUUCAUAGUAACGUAUAGUUUAUCAAGUUCAACAUGGAAUCAUUGCUCAUGGUUUUAAUACUGGGAUGCAUUUAACUGCUAUAUUAUUCUUUACAGCACUCUUGCUGUUUGCAGUUCCACUCAGGAGUGCUGCAAAGUUCAUGCUGGCUCAAUGUGUACUUUAAUCCAAUAGCUAUACAUAAUGUCCUCUGUUUUUGUUUC